UGCUACCCGUAUAUUCUGGUUCACAACCGGCCCCCAUGUCCGACGUCGACGCACUCCUCCUCCUCAAGGGCUCAUUCACAAACUCCGCCAGGCUGUCUUCAUGGACUCAGGGCAGCUCCUCCGGCCCAUGCGAUCCCAAGGCUCCCUGGGAUGGUGUCGUCUGCCUCCACGGCGUCAUCAAUGGCUUGCACCUCGCAGAUAUGGGCCUCUCGGGAAGCAUCAACGUCGAUGCGCUGUCACAUUUCACGGGCCUUCGGUCGGUGAGCUUCAUCGACAACAACUUCUCGGGUCCCGUUCCCGCACUCGGCCGCCUCCAUGCGCUCAAGGCCAUCUACCUCUCACGCAACCAGUUCUCGGGGCCCAUCCCCGGCGACUUCUUCGACAGCAUGACUCGCCUCAAGAAACUGUGGCUCAACGGCAACGCCUUCACCGGCCCCAUCCCCGCCUCCUUAGCCAAAGCCACUGCCCUGUUAGAGCUGCACCUGGAGGACAACGACUUUACCGGGUCGAUACCGGCUCUCGAUCUGCCAUCCCUCACCUCCUUCAACGUGUCGAAUAACAAGCUCGAAGGGCCGAUCCCCGACAUAUUCACCAAGUUCAAUGCGAGCUCGUUCCUGGUAAACAAAGAUUUGUGCGGAGAGCAGCUGGGCGGGAGUCCAUGCAGGAAGGUGGCCCAUAAUGGAAGCGGAAGGGUGGCCGCAAUGUGCGUCAUGGCCGUCCUCCUCGUGUGUUUGGCUAUGUAUACAAUCAAAACCCGGGAUAAAAGCGGAGAAAGAGAGAUUGUUACGCUGGGAAAGGCUCGCAAAGAGGUGGAGAAGGGAGAGGCCUCGCCCGAGACAGGUCAGAGCAGCAGGAAAGGGGAGUCGACCCACAGGCACAGGAGAACAGGGUCGUCGAUGAAACCGGGCGGGACCGGUGGGAAGACGGGCGGAUCGGGGGACGACAGCGGCGGAGGAGGAGGCGGAGGAGGGGCGGGGGAUCUGGUGAUGGUGAACGAGGGGAAGGGCGUGUUCGGGUUGUCGGACCUGAUGAAGGCGGAGGCGGAGGUGAUGGGGAGCGGCGGGCUUGGCUCCGCGUACAAGGCCGUGAUGGCAAACGGGAUGGCGCUGGUGGUGAAGCGGGUGCGCGACAUGACCCGGGUCGGCAAGGAGUCGUUCGACGCCGAGAUGGCGCGGCUGGGGCGGCUCACCCACCCCAACGUGCUUCCUCCGCUGGCCUACCAUUACAGGAAGGACGAGAAGCUGCUGGUGUACGAGCACAUUCCCAAAGGCAGCUUGUUAUACGUUCUUCAUGGCGAUCGCGGCCUCGACCAUGCGUCCUUGGACUGGCCGACGCGGCUAAAGAUCGUGCGGGGGAUCGCGCAAGGCCUCGCCCACAUCCACGCAGUGCUCCCCUUCAUCGAGGCGCCUCACGGCAACCUCAAGUCCGCCAACGUGCUCCUCUCCCUCAACUUCGAGCCGCUUCUCGUCGACUAUGGCUUCCUCCCCUUGGUCAACCCCGCGCAGGCCGCCACCGUCAUGCAAGCCCUCCGGUCCCCCGAGGUCCUCGCCGGCCGUCCCAUCUCCCCCCGGUGCGACGUCUACUGCCUCGGCGUCCUCAUCCUCGAGCUCCUCACCGGCAAGUUCCCCUCGCAGUACCUCACCAACGUCAAGGGCGGCACCGACGUGGUCAACUGGGCGACGACCGCGAUCGGCGAGGGGCGGGAGGCCGAGGUCCUGGACCCCGCCAUCAUGUCCGGCGGGAAGUCGUCGGUUCCGGAAAUGAAGCGGCUGGUCCACGUCGGUGUGGAGUGCACCGAGGCUGACCCCGACCGACGGCUCGUGCUGAAGGACGCCGUCGACCGGAUCGAGGAGGUGGUCGCCGCCGAGGCGCAGAGAGCGACCGCGGCGCGGAGCCACGCGGCGUACGUGAGGGACGGGGCCGGGGAGCGGUCGGUGCGCCGAGUGGGGAGCAUCGGCGAAAGGUCCGCGCGGCGGAGCGACGACAGCUGCUCCUUCGCCAUCUCGUGACCGUGGGAUGCCGAUCGAACGGCCGCGGUAGCCUUUGCACGGUUAGUUCGCGUCGUUGUUC